GGCGUCGCUAGUGCUCAAUGGCGCCGGUUGAUAGCGGGAUCGUUGUUAGUCACGUCGGGACCACGUACAGUGACGGUUGUGGAGAUACAGAAUCGUAAAAAGUCGGCAGACAGAGACAAAAACGCGGAGCGAUCGCGAGAGGAAAGCGGCGAUAUCGUGGACGGGAAGCAUCGCUGUGAGAAAGAAAGAGAGGAAGAGAGAGGGUGACAGAAAAACAGCGGGCGUAUCCAGUACAACGCCGUCGUGCCAUUCUCGUUUUAGCAGCAAAGCUCCAACGAUUCGUCGUGCGCUGCUAAUUCCAGUGCGUGGGUCCAUUCUCGUGCGCGCGCGCGUGCGUGUAUGUAUUAUCGCGUGUGUAUCUUCUACCUCGUUUCGGUGAGUGCGGGAGUCUAGGAGGAGGCGGACGUGCGUCGUUCUCGUUUUUUGUGCCUCAGCGAUCUUUGCGACGGAGGGACGAGGAGACGUCGCGACGGACAACGCGUCAUAGUUGUGUGCCUAAACGCGGAAAGGAGGAGAGAUAGGAGUGUGCCUGUAGAGAGGAAGAGCAUAAGCAGGCAGCGUAGAAGAGAGGCGGCGGCGGUGGUGGCGGAGGUGGGGGAGGCGGCGGUACGGAGUGACGGAUUUGUUUUCUUAUACAACGGUGGAGCAAAACGGCCUCAAACUGUGGGGCUCUGGGGCGUUUUUCCUUCCUCCGCAAGGGAUGUACUACCCUCACAUGGUGCAGACAGGGAUGGCUGCGCCCUAUGGUGGGGGUGUCUUUCCCCCUCCGGUGAACGGGGUCGCGGGUGUCGUGGGGGCGGCCGGUGCAGCCGGUGACGUUAAACCACCGCCGCCAGUGCCGGUGAAGGAGGAAAGCGCCGGUGCACCCCAGCAGCAACCCCCGGCCGGUGGGCCCCAAGUGCCGCCCGCAGCGGGUGCGCCCCAUCCUGCCGCCCCUGGUGCGCCGACCGCGGCCAGUUUCAGUCCGCCGCCACCUCCGAAUGGGGUCGAUCAACAGGCCAUCUCGGAGGUGUUUCAGGCUGCGGUUGCGGCAGCCGCAGCUGCAGCUGCGGGAGGUGGCGGUCAACAGCCAGCACCAACACCGGGCGGCAACGAGACCAACCCCGAAGGCGGAGUGGAGGCCGCUACGUUGGUACCUGUCACCUCAGGCGCGACGACACCUGCAACAGCGACACAGGGUACCGACCUCAAAGGUCAACCAAAACGCCUGCACGUCAGCAACAUACCUUUCCGCUUUCGAGAUCCUGAUCUCAGAGCAAUGUUUGGGCAAUUUGGGCCAAUUCUGGAUGUGGAAAUCAUAUUUAAUGAAAGGGGAAGUAAGGGAUUCGGUUUUGUAACAUUCGCAAAUAGUGCUGACGCGGACCGGGCACGUGAGAGGCUACACGGCACCGUGGUUGAGGGCAGAAAGAUUGAGGUGAACAACGCAACAGCGAGGGUACAGACGAAAAAGCCGCCGACGGUGCCGAACGUGUGCGUACAAUGGCCCGAGGCCGCGGCCCUUAGAGGAGUCGCCAUACAACGCGGCAGAGCUGGAACGCCGAGGACCACCUUCCCAACCAGCGCGGCCGCUCUUGCACUGGUUAGGAAUACAGGGCCGCUUGCGGCCGCAGCUGCGGCCACGAGUCUACAUCCCUUCGCGCCCACUGUUUAUUACGACCCCUUCCUCGCGGCGCACGCAGCGACACAGGAUCCCAACUACAGGUUGCAGCUGGAAUGGCCUCAAGCAACAGCUGACGCCGCGGCAGCAGCGGCCGCAGCGUCACCCUUGUUGAAGACACCCUUAUCAACGGCACAACAGGCCACGUACGCAGCUGCAGCGACUUACACGGCGGUGGCUGCGCGCGCAUACGGCGCAGCUGCAGCUGCGGCACAGCCGGUCGCAGGAUAUGCCGCAGUCGCGGGUUACGGGCGUGAAUACGCCGAUCCUUACCUUGGACACGGCAUUGGACCUGUGGCGGGUUACGGGGCGACGGUGUACAGAAGUGGCUACAACAGGUUCACACCGUAUUAAGUGGCUCAUUUAAUACGAUGUGGGGAGCCCGAGAGCUUUCCAAGUUAUACACCACGUUAUACUCAGCAAAACAUGACCAGACACAAGUCGACACAAUCAUCACCGUCAUUUUGCCAUCAUCGAGAUCACCUUCGAAGCAUUGGACCGGGAACCUCCACGCAUAACGACUCGUCGAUUUUAUUUCCCGCUCUUUCCCUUCAUCAAUUUUGCGAUGCAUGAUUGUGAAAGAUGAACGGGGACUAUCACUGACUUUUUAAACCGAAACCGAUCAAAGCGAAAUUAUUGUCAAUGAUACAAAGCGCCGUCUAUAUUAAAUCUUGAAAUUGUAUUGUACUUUGGACACUUAUAAGCGACAGCUAAAAUAAAUAGACGAGAAAAAUCAAUCUGUAAAUGCAACGGUGGUGUCGAGGCCGGCGCAUCGAAAUGUCGUGUCGUGUUCGGCGAAAAGUCGCCUCUAAUCAAUCCCCUGCCAGCAACCAUUCGCACGCGAAAACAAUGAAACCUGCUCGUUCUUAUUUCCAUUUAAUCAAUUCGUAUUUGGGGAAAUUAAUGUAUAAUACAAAAUUGGAAUAAGAUUAAUAUACUUAUUGUAUUUUCGAAUUUCGCUAUAAAAUUAUUUUCGAUAAUAACACUAUGAACAUUUUUGCCACAUGCUUAUGUGUUAAAGACAAUAUUUAAUAUUUCAAUGUUUUAAUUAAUAUAAAAUUGUGAAAAAGAUUUUUGGCUUGCUAAACGGAACGUAAAGUGAAAAAAUAAUCUCUUUUUAUCUCUGUUUAUAGUUUCUGUAAAAUACACCAAUAAUAUUAUGUUGUCAUACAUCGAUAUGAUGCAUAUCUUUCAUGCAUAUUUUCUCAUUUAUUGGACUAGUUGUAAUAUAGCUGCGCACAUAUGUUGUAAUUAUUUUUAUUUAAAUCAAUAUUGCUAUAUGGUUUGUAUAUAUACAUAUUUAUAAAGUUUAAAUUAAUGCUAAACAAAAAUCACAGAAUAUUUCGCACAAAUAUCUUAGAAUGAUACGAUUCUUAUGCACUUGAUUCACUUAGAUGAGAUAAACAAUAAUUUUAUAAGUAAGUCAGUUUGUUUCAUGCAUAGAUAAAAUUAUAUACAUUCUAAUAUUCAUAGAUAUAUAUUAAUAACAUUAAUGAAAUUAAGAUGAACAAAUGCGAAUAACUACCGAAUUGGAUAAUUAUUAUGAAAUGAGUGUAACUUUGUGUAAUUUUUUUGCGAUAUAGACGCGCAUAAAUGGCAGGAUGGCAUUUUCUGCAAAAUGGCAGCGAAACAUUGACGACUUCAGCCGAUGCGAACCGGCACACGGUGAUCCAAAAAAAGAGAUCCUUAGGUAGCUAGUUAAAAAGAAAAAAGAAAAAAAAACGACCUCUAGAAAGAAACAAAGGCAUUGAUGUGACCGGUAGGGUUUCUAUGCCAAAUAUGUGUGUAUGCGCUUUUGCGCGCGUGUGUAUGCAUAGUUUGUGAAUUAAACUCUGUUCUCAGUAAACUAGGGAAUAGCGGAUAGAGAUGAAAUAAGACAGAGAGAAAAAAAACCGCUUAGACCUCUAAAACAAAAUGCCGAGUUUUAAUUGCGCACAGGGUCUAGUCAAAUCAAUUUCAUUUAAUUUCACGCAAAGCUUCGAUUCUUAUUUUCUGAAAUUCAUUCAACAUGUCGACCUUUUCAAUUCUCAUUUCACGCAUUUGUUCGCUCCAUUUGCGGAUUAUUCGAGAUAUAAAAUACAACUCAAUAAAAACUUUAAAACUAUCUUGCAUCUAAUCUCUAUCAUUUUUUAAAUUCUCUAGAAACGCUGAAUAUAACAACUUAACGCACGAGUAUCUUAACAAGCAAUCAAAAGAUUAAAAUAUUUAUUUUGUCAAAAAAAGACUGCAAGAUCAUUUUUUCAAUUCUUUAGUUUUUUCAAAUUAAAAUUUGAGACUUCCGGAAACUGUAGAAACCGAAUAUUUAAUUUUAUAAUAUUAAUCAUCGAAGAGAAACUUGGCACAACCAUUUUUACUGUGGCCUUUUUCCGCGCGCUGAGAAGCAAUCCGAGCAAAUUAUACAUUGGAGCGGCGAAUGUAUUUAGCGAUUAUACUUAGUAACAUCUUUUCUCUUUUUUCUUCGAAAUUUGAUUCCGACAUGAAUUCAUCAUGCAACCAAAUUGAAGCGUAUUGUACCACUUAUUUAUUCCUUAAUUAAACGACUGAACGGACAUGACAACUUUUUUUUUAAACAUUAAGCAGAGUCCACGUUGUAACUGGUAGGAAACUCAACGCCUAUGGACAAAAGCACAGUAAUAGAUAGAAAUAGGAUCCGUAGAAUGCGUCUCAUGACGUAAUCAAUCAUAUAAUGGAACUGUAAAAGACCGAACGAACGAUCAUAACAAAUAUUAUGAAGAAAUAUUAAUUAUUAUUUUAUUAAAAUUAUAUAUACAUAUAUAUGUUUUUACAUAUAAAAUAAAAAUCACACUUCAUAAAAUUUUUAUGUAUAUAAAAUUAUAUAUUACUGGAUAUAUAACUGGAUAAUUACAUUAAUAAUUAGAAUAAUAAAAUGUCUUUAUGAAUGCUAAUGCGUUCGUUUAUAAUUGUUUGUAUUCGUUCAUUUGGUCUUUAGAUGCUUCAAUCUGUGAAGAUCCGCGAUGCUAAGUCAGACUUCUUUUAUAACCGAUAAUAAACAAAUAUUACGCGAACACAUAUUUCUUUAACAUGACGUGGUAUAUUCAGCACAGUUGUUUGGUUUCUCGAUGUCGAAGAAAUGCACGCGUGCGUGUGUAUAAAACGUCUUCUCUCGUCACGAAAAAUGAUUACAGACAGACAGUCCAGAUUAAUGCCAAUCUAGUUGUAGCGAAAUGCGUUAAAUAAUUGAAAACGCCGAACAGAUAUUUCGUAUUGAAUGUUUUUUUUUCUUUUUUUUCCUUCUUUUUUCUUCUAAUUUUGGAAAAUGCGACUUGUGACCAACAUUAUGCAUCUUGAUAUUGAAUGUUAGAUAUAAUACUGUAUUAUUUUUUUUUUUUUUUUACAUUUGAGCUGUUUAUUUUAUAGAAAUUAUUUGCUGAAACGCACACAUAACUUUUCGUAUAAUCUUUUAUGUAUCCAUCUUUCGUUUUUUUUUUAAGAUUGUUAAUUUAUUUAAAAAUGAUUGUCUUUAGGACUGCUAUCAAUUUCGUUUUCUUUUCGGACCGGUGUUCUCAAUUAUCAGCUUUCUUUUUUUCUCGUGACACUCAAAAUAUCUGCUUCCUGAUCGAGUCGUAUGCUAUACAGAAAGUAAAAGAUACUCUAUUUAGGAGUAAUGCGAGAGGGAAAAUGUACGCACACUGAGUCGAAUGAGUGAUAUCUCUGUUAAAUUAAUAGUUAAGUGAAGAUUUAUCGUAUAUUAUACGUAAGAAUAAGAUAUGUUGCGCUAUAAUAUGUUGCAUAUGAAAAGAAUGGGGGAUGUGAACAAAUGCGAAGAAUGAAAAGAGAAUAAAAGGUAAAGAAAGACGAAAAAAGGGGGAAAACGAGGACAUAAGAAAUAGCCAAAUACAACAAAGAUGUUUUAGAAAGUACGGAAUGUAGUUUGGCCGUCGUUAUACGUUUUAAUCUAAUCUUCAAUUAGAAUUAGGCUAAGCUCGAACACUCGAGGAAUGCUCGAGGCAUGACGACAAUUCUUUUUUUUCUCUCGCGAGCGUCAUGUACAUGUAUCUAGAUCAACUAGAUUUAUCGAGCACAAAGACCGUGAAGGAAAAUCGUGCCGAGAAACGUACACUUCUAGAAACUUAUUAAGUAAACAAAAGAAACUACACACUCAAACAUACUCAUGAUUCUUGUAACGUUAAAUUAAUAAACGUAGAUUAUAAUUAAUUAAUUACGCAGUAAAUACGUAAAACCGAACACGGAUUUUGUCGAACGAAAAAAAAAACGUGUGCUUAUUUUAUGUGAACGAUGAAACGUUUGAUUACGGUUGAUAUUCGGAGAAAAGAAGAAUCUCUCUGCUGAGAAUUAUAAACCGUCAGUUUCUCACAUGUAUACAUUCUUCCGUGUGAAAGACAGCACAAGGAAACGUACCGAGUAGGAGAAAGAUCGAAGAGAAUGUUUUUGAAAAAAAGAAAUUUUCGCAGUUGUAUCCUGCACGAGUAAAAAUAUGAUACGAGCAUGAAAGAUAUUCUGCGAGAUUUGUCUCCCUGUGUAUAUUGUACACUGUAAUUACAAUUUAUACUUAUUCGUAAUCGAUACCUUUAUCGGUAUGCUAUUAUUAUUAGUGGCUAGCGUAAUAAGUCAAGCUCAAAUUAGCGAGACGGGAGAACUACGCGAGACAUUUCCUUUUCGCGGGUUCGUCGCGUCCUAUCCUCAUUACAGAUGCACAAUUUACUUUCUUCGAUUUUCCUCUCUUCUUUAUACGCAUUAUUGUUGCGACAGGCCUAUCGUACAAGAUGUUCAUAGAAUCAUAGAAGUUCAUAGAGGCUACAUCAGCUCUCUUCUCCCCUUUCCUUCUCAAGUCUAUAUAGUUUUCAUUUCUCCCUUUAUUAUUAGAAUGAGAGAAUAUCAUUAGUGGAUUUCUGAAAUGAUAAUGAAAUUUCUUUUAUAUUUUUCCAUCGGAAGAAAAAAGAAAACAAAACUUUCGAGACUUAUUGGGAAACUUUUUCGACUAUCGAAAGCACCGUUGUCUACUAAAGAAUACGACACACAUAUCUAGAUUAUAAUAUAAUUUACAAGAAAGUUCAAUAUAUAUAGCUUCUGCCGAAUUUCUACACAUUUACGUAUUUUUAUGUCUCACAACACACUGUAUUCUGUCAUUUCGGUCUCUCUGACUUUCGCCAAGCACAUACAUCUCCUCUGGAUCGAAGAACUUGUUUCCAAAUCAUCUUAUAUCCAUAUUUCGAAUCGUAAUAUUUAAAACGUUUAGUAAUAUAUGAAUCUUAACAUGAUUUAGAGAUUUUUUCGAUGCUGGCGAGCUUACAAUGGAUGUAAGCGAAAUUACGAGAAACUGUAAAUCCAUCACUGAUUUUUUAAUUGAUUUAUCCUUCCAGAUAACGACGAGAUUCAGAGCUAGUGAUAGAUUUUUUGCGCAUUGUAAAAUAAUUCAAUGAUACGCACCAUAAGUUAUACGUAUAAUUAUUAAUUAACGAUAAAUACCGUAAAGGAAUUUUUAAAUGAAAUCUAGAUGAAUACAUGACUACGUAAUGACACAUCUUACAAGCAACAUAUCCUAGGUAUUUGAGCAGGGUGCUGUCGGAGGAUCUUUCUGGCGAUCGUUAUCCGCCACAAAAAAGAGCAUAUAUAAUCUUCGCGACUGAUGUCCCAAAAUGAAACUGUCUCGAACCGGUCCGCAUCAUCGACAGCGCCGUGCCGUUUUUUUCGAAUUGCAAAUAGAAAAAAAAGAAAAAUUAAUGAGAGAUGUUCCAUGACAUUAGGGCGUUAUUAUUAAUGAUAUUUCUAGUGACGCGUGUGCGUGUGUAAAGUUCAAUGUAUCUGUACGUGUGAAAUUAUGCUUGCGUUGAUGUGUGAUGAAUGAGGAACUCGUACCCUUCUCCAUGGAUUGGUGAAAUCAAGAGCACGAAUUAAUUAUCGUUAGUAAGGUAGCACAAAGACAAUGUAACAAAUGAGGAAAAAUGUCCGAUGAUAUUUGACUCACUGAGAAAACUAAAACAGCUAAUCGCCAUCUGUUUUUUCGCUUCUCUCGCAAAUGUAAAAAAGAAAUACGCAAAGAGAGGGAAACGCUAUUCGGGGAUACCUCUGUAUCUCUUUGCAAACUUCCUCCUCUCAUAUGCAUAAGCGAUUUUAUGCUACCAAGAGUUCAUAAUAGUGAACUCGUAGGAAAUGAUUGAAAAUCAAUAAAAGAGUAAAAAGAAAAAGGUAUAAAAGAAAGAGAGAGAAAGAGAAUAAGAAUAUCUGAUCAUCUCGAUGAACUUUAUUUGCAAAAUAUUGAUAGGAAUAUAAGAUGUGACUCGUGACACCUUUAUCAUUGUCUGAUUUGAUGAUAUUUUGUAAGUCUGGACCAGUUGUUAGGUUCUAUUAAUCCCAUAGCGACUUCUUAUGGCGUAUUUUCUCUGUAUAUUGUCAAUGUUUAUUAUUAAAUAUUUUUCAAUAAA